AUGGUUCAAUCUCUCAUCCAGUCGAGAUUGGGUGAUGAAGUUGAAUCAAAAUGCUCUCCAUAUUGUAUAAAUACAAUGGAUUGGUUCAAUAUGAGAGUCGAUGAGCUUGGUGAAAUAUCUGCUUAUCUGAAAUCGAAUAUCAAAAACUAUCCACCACUGAGCACAUUGACACUUGAAUUUCUUCUUUAUACACCAAGUGGACAAUGUCUUCCACUGGAAGCAUGGAUUUUGACGACCUCUGAAGGUUCUGAAGACUGUACAAGAACUGAAUUAUAUCAUGAAAUGAGUACACUUCUUCGAUCUGUAAUUGUUUCUGCAAGAAUGACACCAAUGCACCGAUUGUACGUUAAGAAACAAAAUCAAGAGACUUUUGUGAUUAUGUAUAGAGUUUUCGAAAAUGACAUUUCAUCAGACAUGGGAAAAGGAAAAAAGACAAGAAAGAUUGGAGAACUCACUUCGAAGUUUGGAACGAUCAGUCUAGAUCUUCAUUAUCGGACUUCUAUGCAUUUCGAGGAGCCUGAAAUUGCACCAAUCACGCCAGUUGAAGAUGAAAACGAGAUGGAAGAUGGUGAUAAAACAGUAGUAGAUGAAUCAUCUCUUCAAAAUAAAGCCACUUCGGAGUGUAUUCCAAUUGCAGAUGUUAAAAAAAGAAAAGCCAGUGGAAGUGUUGAAUCAGCAACAAGUGGAGGUAGUUCGAUGUCUCGAGAAGCCGCACCUCGUUUCAUACUCGGACAAUCAACUUCCAGUGAAGAUUCCCGCCAUUCGGAUCUUCAGAAUUCAUGUGAUGACGAUCACAAACCUUCUUUAGCAGAUCUCCGAAAUCACUCAUUCCCAUUUGUAAAUCUUCUCCAAUCUGCAUAUAAUCCAGCUAAUGGAACAAAGAAAAACGCAUCUUCGACAAGUUUAAACUCUCCAAAACCUUCCGAAGAAGCGCCUGUUGUUGAGAAAGUGGCCGAGAGUUUUCGUGCUGCGAAAAUCGAUGAAGUUGUAUUCGAAGAGGAUGAAGAGGAAGAAUUGCCAAUUGAUUCUAUGGAACUCAGCGAGGAUUCAUUUGUUCAUUUCAACCAAUUAUCUGAGUUUGGUGCAGCACCAAGUCUCGGAAAUGAAUUGGGAGACUAUCUGAAACAACUGAAAACUGCACCAGAUAUGUCAGAUCCUGGAGAUAUUGAUAUCUGUAAAGUGGAUUUGAAGACUGAGCUUGAGAAAAUUAAUAUACAAACUGCCAACUUCAACAACUUUCUGAAACACGUCAACUCGUUCUCCGAUGAGUAA